AUGGCCAACUCAUCGUUCCUCUUUAAAGCAUUCCUAGUAGGGUCCCCGGUUUGCAUACUCCUACUUAAUGAAAUAAAAAGAGUGAAGCAUCUGAGAGACGACGAAAAGUUAAACAAAAGCUUGUUUAUAAAAAAUUUCCACAAAAGUAAGAUUAUCAAGAAGGAACAAAAUGGAGAUGAUCACAGGAGGGAACACAAAUUUGAUCAAGCAAAUGGCCUAGAGAAGGGGGAAGAAGAAGAAGCACUGAAUUAUUUUUACGGAAAAGCAUGGGGAUACACCACCGAUUAUGAAAUUGAUUUAAGCUUAAACACAGGUGAUCUAAUUUUUAUAAAACACGACUUAGAAAAUGUAAGUUUAUUUAAAAAGGCUCUUUUAAAAAUGAACAGAUAUGUGCAACAUGGAAGCAACAGCAAUAACAGUGUGGAGGAUUAUGACGAAGUGGGGAUCAUUUUAAAAAAACAUAACAUCAGUUAUGUGUACAUUCAAAAUAUUAUAAAUGGAAAAGACAAAUUAAUGCGCUAUGCUCACUUUCUACAAAAAUAUAAACCCGCCGUUUUAUCUCUCAGAAGAUUUGUAACGGAUGAUGAACACAUAAGAAAGGAGUUACAUAAAAAUAUUUUACAAAGUGUACAGAGACAGGAAGAAACGAAAAUAAGUAGCUCUUCCAUUAUGUUUUAUCUUUUGCGUAAUGUGUGUAAGCAAAGGAUACUCAUACGUCGCCAUGUGAAUGAUUCCCCCCCCAAAAAAGAUUGCCUUUGUAAUGAUACACAUUCCAUGUGUAAGCAAAUAAGCUACAAUAUAGAAAUGAACAAUUUAAUUAAUAUGCUCAUCUUCCGAUCGUUUAAUUUAUUCUUUUAUUUUGUUUCUUACAUUAAUGAACAAUAUUUGAAAAGUAACCCACUUUCCAGUGCACAUAUUCUUUUGCAAAAUGUUUCCUCGGAUAUGCCCAGAGGGGGAAAAGGGCAGUCUUCCAUAAUUGACAAACAGAAUGGUCUACAAGGUUAUGAGUUCCCACUAGAUAAUUCCCUGACGCGAUUUGAAUUUAUCGAAGGGGACUCUGAAGAGCUGAGGUCGGGUGACACCCCUAACCGCAACAAGACAGGUAGCUUUUAUCACCCCCCACGACAAGUCGCCAAACAAAUGGAGAACUUCCUUACACUGCUUCUUGAAAAUGAAUACACACUGAUGGACUCCACGGAGUAUAUGAACAAAGUGCUGCAGAAAGGAAAAAACCACACAACGACCAAUGCUCACAAGGAAGGACAGUUAAACCAUUUUGCACAUAAAAUGAAAAAACAUAUUGAAAAGGUCUCUCUAAUGUUUAAAAAAUUCUCCGUAACAAAUUCUCAUGUUUACGAAAUUUACAAAAAUACCAAUUUGCUGCCUGCCAUAAAAAAUUAUGAUCCUCCCCCUUCUCUCUUUUUAUGUUUAAACAAUUUUUAUAAACCCAUCAACGGGAAGAAUAUACAGCAUGAUACAUUCAACGUGCCCAAACUGACCAACCUAUUUCACGUAAGGCAGGAGGAGACCGAGAAGUUGCAGAGAUAUUUUUACCAGUUCAAUAGAGUCCCCAAGUCGUAG